AUGGAGAGGAAAUUCACAAUCACACCAAACUUUGUCAUCUCGCAGGCAGAGGAUACAGAGGUGGAUGCGGACGAGAGCCACCCUCGUCUUGUAGCGCAAAGUACCCAAGAAUCUGUCUCAUAUGAUGAAGAGUUUGAUCCAAAUAAAUCAUACACAAGGAGCCCUCAUAGAACGAGUCCACAAGUGCCUCCUACCAAUAGUGAAAACCCGUUCCAAACAACUGUACGCAUACCCCGUCGCAAACUGCUGCACACUUCAACUUUUUCAAACAGCAAUCCGUUUCGUGGCGAAAGGUUUACUACAACUCAGGAUGAGAGAGGGCAAAAAAAUCUUGGCGAUUUCUUCCAACAUUCACCAAUCAUUCAGGGUUCACUAGAUGACAACGAUCUCAAAGAUUUACGAGAAGGGUUGAAAUCGGCAUUGGGUACAAGUAACGAAAAUGCAAAAUGGUUCCCUGUAGCGACUCCGUCAAAGGAGGAACCUCCAAAGUUUCCCCCAAAGAAGCCAGAAGACAAUGCAAGUGCAGAUGCCAACUACACAACAAGCAUACCCCUUCAAGAUUUCAGUCUACUACAAGCGUCCCGUUCUGGAGAAGGAAAUGUAUCUAGUCAUCCACCAUCACCAUUUACCAAUUACAGCAGCAACACAUCACCCACCAAGGGCCCGGAGCCCAAUAUGGACUAUCUAGAAACUGGCCGUUUCAACCAGAACCUACAACCCAAGGAGCUGCCAGCCCAUUCAUCAUCUAAAUUUACUGACGCAAUUGCAAGAAUAUCGAAUCGUGUUGCCGGCACGGGUGACAAAAGAGACGACCAAUCUGAUAACGAUCAACUUACACCGGUAAAAUCGCGCGCUAGCUCACAUAUCAAAACUCCAGUCAAAGAAUAUCCAUCAUUUUUCGAAACAGGGGAGCCUUUCUCUCAGUCAAGCCCAGGAAAAGAGUCGAAAAAACUACCGGAGUUUACCAUCACCACCGAUAAAGAAGAUUCAGCACAUAACAAGACUACAAUUUCCCAUGGAUUAGGUGUCUAUUUGCAUAGUUCGAGUGAUUUGAAUUUAGCAGAAAGUGCUCUGGUGCAGGACGCCACCUCUCAGGGAUCCCUUCUUCAUCAAAAACCUCCUUCAAUCCAAACGAGUCAAAUGGACGGAUCAAUAAAGUCUCGUAAGCAAGUGCUAUUUGGAAAAUCGCUUGGAAUUUUCUCGCCCACCUCCAAAAUAAGACGAAUGUGCCAUAUUGUUUUGAGAAACCAGUUAACAACGCUAUUCUUGUUGCUCAUUUUGGUGCUUCAAGUGGUGCUUUUGAGCUACCGUCAAUGGAAUCCACAUGAGUUGGGUGGCUACUAUCUUUCUGGAUACAACUGGGCAGAUUACUUAUUGAUCUUAAUCAAUGUGAUCUACACUGUGGAAAUUGCAGCACAAGUGAUUGCAUAUGGUCUCGUUAACGACAGCGCUGUGUUUGAGGAGUUGGGAAUAGAACACCCACCUGACCUCUUUGACUAUACAGGUUUGCAACUACGUCGUGCCACAUUCUUCAUCAAAAGGUUUAUCCAUCCGUACAAGUUCAAAAGGGAGGCCAAGAGAGCCGAAAAGACAAAACGCGAAAUGCAAGAACAAAAUGAUGAUUCCAGCGGCGACGACGACCAACCUAAUUACAGAAACCCUGGCGUGAGUGGUGAACGAGAGCUUUCUUUUGAAAGACUUUUAGAUUCAACAACAUCAAUAGACUACAACUUGCAAAACAAAUACGAAUUCAACCUGUUUCAUGACGAUGGCGACGAUAGUGGUGCAGAAACACAUCGAACUGGGACAGCACCAGAUGGCUACAAGUUGAAAUCAACAAACACGUUUUUCAAAGGUAUGGAGAAAAGGAAACUUGAUCCGCAAGUAAAGAGAGCGUUUCUUCGGAAAAGUUGGCAGAGACUUGAUUUUAUAUCACUGAUUUGCUUUUGGGUUUCCCUUUUGUUAUCCAUUAACCGGUACGACGCCAAACACCAUAUAAUGCUUUUUAGGGCCUUGAGUUGUUUAAGGAUUUUGAGGUUGUGCAACUUGACAGCAGGUACAAACACCAUCCUUACAGCUUGUAAGAUUGCGUUACCACAGCUCAUUGAUGUUUCCAUCUUUAUCUCCUUCUUUUGGUUGUUCUUUGGCAUAAUUGGGGUUCAAUCGUUCAAGUCGUCGCUCACGCGACAUUGUGUGUGGACAAAUCCAGAUGAUCCUACUGACACUUUUGUCAAUUCUGACCUGUAUUGUGGCUCAUUCAUUGGUUUGGAUGGUCUGAAGCGAUCUUACUUGUCACGUGAUGGGUUACCCUCUGGUGUGAUCAAAGGUUUCCGCUGUCCCAAGUAUUCCCAAUGUAUAUCCGGUGAUAACCCAUACAAUGGCACAAUAAGUUUUGAUAACAUAUUGCAAUCAUUGCAAAUGGUCUUUGUUGUAAUGAGUGCAAACACAUUCACCGAUAUCAUGUACCACACUAUGGACACUGAUAAUAUGGCUGCGUGCAUAUUCUUUAUCGCUUGUAUCUUUGUGAUGACUGUGUGGCUACUCAACGUUUUCAUUGCCGUUAUUGUUGCCUCUUUUAAUGUUACCAGAAUGGAGGCUGCUGUUCAACAAAAGACUCAAGGAGCUUCAGGCUGGAAAUUUCUAAAAAAAUACAAUGAAGAAGGCAAAGACUAUGAUCAGCGAGUCAAGGAGUUGGAGCUGAGAAAUCGAUUUCUUAAACUCUACCGCAAGUUUGAGGUUGUCUUUGUCAUCAUUAUUGCUGUCGAUUUGUUUGUUCAAUGUUUCCGAUCUCACGGCAUGUCAGACCAUCGCCGCCACUUGCUUUACCGGUUUGAAGUAAGUUUCACUGCUGUUUUCUUGGCCGAGAUAGUUUCCAGAUUCAUACUCCAUUUCCCUCAAUGGCGGUUAUUUUUCCUUUCCAAGAGAAACCUGUUUGAUCUUUUUUUGGCAAUAAUCACUGUUGUCAUCAUCAUAGAUCCUGUAAAGGACAAGUUAGGCCAAGCGUACUACUGGCUCACUGUGUUUCAGCUAAUGCGGUUCUAUAGAGUGGUGUUGGCUACUUCAAUAACGAGGAAUUUGUGGCUCAAAAUUAUGAAAAACAUUCGAAUCAUAUUCGAUUUGGCAUUGUUUUACUUUAUUUUGUUGUACUUGGUCAGCAUCAUUUUGGCAAGGUACUUUGAAGGUACUAUCCCCCAAGAUGCUCUUGAUGACGUUGACUGGCCCAUGAACACCUUGCCUUCGUCGUUUAUUUCGUUAUACAUCAUCACGUCGACUGAGAACUGGACUGAAAUUAUGUACUCGUUGCAGCAGUAUGCGCACACCACUUCUUCAAGAUCAUUUGGGUCUAUUUUCUUGGUUAUGUGGUUUAUUUUGUCCAAUAUGAUUAUAUUAAACAUUUUCAUUGCCGUUAUUUCAAACACCUUGCAGGUGUCCGAAGAGGGCAAAAGAAAGCGUCAGCUUUUGCAAUUUAUUGAAGUUAUGACACGAAAAUUGCAAAGAGUUCAAGAGGAGUCUGGUUUGUUGAAGAAAGUCAAGGCAAAGUUGUUUAAGCGGAAUGGGGCCCAUGACGAAAUGGAAAAAGCGGUGGUCAACCUAUUACUUAGUGGAACUGCAGUGCAAGAAUUUUUGAAUCGUGAUUCAAAUGGUGAUACAGAUGAAGAAGUAGAGGAGGAAGACGACGCAAACGACCUGAUGAGGACUUUACCCUCAAACAAAUGGAAAAGGUGGUUGCAUAUCAAUGCAGCACGAGUGGCCAAUACUUUUAGCAACCCUUUCCAUUUCACAAAGCAAAAGAAGAAACCAAAGUUUAAACUUGAAACUUUCAAUCCAUCGUCAUUUGCAAACAACAUCAUCAAGGAAAGAAAUGCAUUGCUUAAUCAGCAGAGUAAGUUUUUGGAAGCUAACCCAAGGUACAACUAUGUGUUUUACAUUAUUGGCCCCAGACACAAGUUGAGACGAUUAUGCCAAAGAAUGGUGAAAAGUAGUCAUGGUGAUAGAAUCGACGGUGUUGCACCCUAUAGACCAGUAUCUGAAAGUAUUGUGGUUUUCACUUUUUUCGCAACUGUUGCCUUGGUGGUUCUUGCAUGUUACAUGACGCCCAUUUUCAGGAUGGAAAAUCACAGUGCCGGUUGGAUCUUUUGGUCCGAAUAUGUGUUUGCAUUGAUAUUCACCGUUGAGUUUAUUAUCAAAGUCGUGGCUGAUGGGUUAAUAUUCACACCCAAUGCAUAUUGCCGAUCGUCCUGGAACUUGAUCGAUUUGAUUGUAUUGAUCUCAUUGUGGAUUGAAUCGAUUGCGUAUCUUCGAAACGAUGGUAAUUUGUCACGAAUCGUGAGGGGUUUGAAGGCUUUGAGAGCAUUGAGGCUUUUGACCAUUAGCGAGACGGCCAAGUCCAAUUUUCACAACACAAUGAUUGCCGGGUUUGGGAAAAUCAUCAACGCGGCAAUCAUUUCUCUUUGUUUGUUGUUUCCUUUUUCUAUUUGGGGGUUGAAUAUCUUCAAUGGCCGGUUGGGAUACUGCAUCGAUGAGGAGUCGCCAGAGAGUGCAUGCGUCAAUGAAUACCAGAAUGAAGUGUUUAAUUGGAAUAUUGUCAGUCCCAACGUAUACACCAACCCACAAUUGGAGUUCAACAGAUUUGUGACGUCAUUUGCAACAUUGUACGAAAUUGUAUCGUUUGAAGGUUGGAUUGAUUUGUUGGCGAAUGUGAUGAAGAGUACAGGAGUGGGCACAGUUCCUGAAAAGAAUGCGUCCCCAUUCAAUGGGUUUUUCGUUGUUUUGUUCAAUUUUAUCAGUACCAUUUUUAUCUUGACAUUGUUCAUUUCAGUUAUUAUCAGCAACUAUUCAAGAACCACAGGAAGAGCAUAUAUGACCACCGAUCAAAUCUCAUGGUAUCAGAUUAAGAAAAUCUUGGUGCAGGUUCGUCCAUCCAAACGGAAAGAUUAUCAUCAAUUGUCAGCGUUUAGGAGAUUUUGUUAUAAAAUGACGGUUGAGAGAAACCCCAUUUGGCACAGAAUCUUGAACUUCUUUUUGGCAUUCCAUGCAUUGGCUUUGCUCCUUGAAUGUUUCCCAUCGUCAUAUGGUCUCAACGUUUUCAGAACUGUGAUCUACACUAUUGCGUCGAUAUUAUUUAUGGUAAAUGCAGUCAUGUUGGCAAUAGCGCAAGGAUUGAAAACGUAUUUGCGCUACAGAUGGAACAUUUUCAACUUGUUUGUAUCUUGCGGAGCAGUCUUGACAACCAUCAUCGCGUACCCAGUAGAUGACAACUCCCCAUUCAUGAACUUCAAUAAGUUAUUCCUUGUUGCAAUUUUGUUAUUCAUCAUUCCUAGAAGCAAUCGAUUGAGUCAAUUGUUGCGGUUUGCGUCAGCGUCGUUGCCAGUGUUGAUCUCCUUGUUGUAUACUUGGAUCAUUGUGUUUUUGGUGUUUGCAAUUGCCAUGAAUCAAAUUUUCGGAUUGACUCGUAUUGGGCCCAAUGGGAGUGGCAAUAUAAACUUGCGAUCGGUUCCCAAGACCUUGAUUUUGCUAUUCAGAUGCAGUUUUGGUGAAGGUUGGAAUUAUAUCAUGCAUGACUAUACCGUGUCGUCACCAUUUUGCUCAUCAGAUGGUAAAUCAGAUCGAAAUGAUUGUGGUAGCAAACAAUAUGCGUACAUUUUAUUUAUUGCUUGGAAUUUGAUAUCAAUGUACAUUUUCCUCAAUAUGUUCAUAUCAUUAAUUUUGGACAGUUUUGAUUACAUUAACCAAAAAACCGAUUACAGUGAAUUGAUUCAACGUGAAGAGAUUCGAAAGUUUAAGCGAGCUUGGCAGAAAUUCGACCCACAGGGAAGUGGAUACAUCAAGCCAAUUGACUUGCCUAAAUUGCUACAUUCGUUGGAAGGAGCCCUUUCAUUUCGGUCGUAUAGUGGUGAAUUGGAGAUCAAGAAGCUUUGUCGGAGAUGGAUCAAGAGAAACAAUCCGAAUGAUCCUUACGAUGUCACGGUUGAUUAUGACGGCAUUGCUGAAACAAUGAGUCGAAUGGAUAUGCCAAAGAUUAGAGAGCGAAGAAAAGCAUUUGACAUGUUUAUUGAAGAGGCGUUGUUGACAAUGGAAAUCAAUAAUGAUCCUGGAAUUUCCUUCACCCGAAUCAUCUUGCAAAUACCACUAUACACGACAUUUGAUACUGGGAAAUGUUUUAAUCUUAUCGACUACUUGGAGCGUCAAUUGUUGGUGAGCAAAGUUGUCAAGAAAAUCCACACAAGAAGAGUCUAUGAGAUCAUUGCGGCGUAUGCAUGUAGAUGGAAGUAUCUCAAGAACAAGAGGAUGGGUAUACGCGAUAGCAAUAUUGCUUUUGACACGAGGUUACGAAGGGCAAGUUACUUGGCAAAUGAGGAGUUGCUGAUCAAUAACGAAUUUCCUCGAGAUAAAGUCCCCGAUGAAAAGUCUGAUCCGAGUGGUUCAGAGCCUGAUAAUGACGAUGGUGAUGGCGAUGGUGAUGUUGAUAGCCAACACCCACUUGGACAAAGUUCCAUGGGCUUUGCCGAACCAGGAAUCUCAAGCGGUGUCUAUUAUCCAAACUCACCAAUCUUCCACACGUCAAGUCAAAUGCGGUCGCCAUCUCCAACAAGGUCGAAAUCCAAAAGACCAAACCUAUCAAUCAACAUCCCCCGCAAUAACUUGGAGGAGGUUAGGUUGGUUGAUGAUGAUAUCACGUUUUCACCAUUUGGUGAUAACGCUGCAGCUGCCUACGAUGACGAGAGGGACUCGUGGGAUGAAAUGAUUGAAACGUCCAAGUGGAGAGAUACCUUAGGGAAUUUGACAAGCAAAUUCAAAAAGAAUUGA